GGGAAACCGGCGGAGUUGGCAACAGAGUGGAGGUGACGUAUUUCCGGUUCGAGAGAGCUGACUGACCCACGGUCUCCAGCCAGACUCUAUUGUCCGAGUCCAGUGUUAGUGUAACUUUCUGCCUUCACUGAUCUCACCCAGUCCUCCUCGAUUCACGGAGUUACACACAGACAACAGUUUCUGCAGUUUAUAUGUAGAAGUAGAUUUCUGACCAACUUUUCCCACCUUUGAUGUAGAGGCUACUUUCUGCUGUAAAGUCAUUGUGUGAUAAAGCUUUCGGACGCAGAUGCAUCGAGUCUGAGGAGAGCCAACACCUACAGCAGCCGAAGAAAGUAACCUUUCCUGUACCUCCUCACUGCCGCAGCAGUGCUCUCAAAGGAUGAUGUGAGCCUGUAGGUGGCAAAGAAGUCUCCAUCCACAAAUAUACAUACAUUGUUUGCAGAUAUAAGGUAUUUCAUCGUACUUUAACAGAAAUUCAUGUUCAGUGAAGCUCCCCACAACAAUCACAAAUAAAUUAAUUCACCAUUAAAAGCUGGAAUAUAUCAGUUUACGAGUGAAGACGAGCCUCAAAUCAUCAGGAGGAGUUUAUUAAAGAGGAAAGAGAGGAGAUGGGAGAUCCAGAACCCUGCAGAAUCAAACACACUGAAGAUACUGAAGAACUAACAGAGUUGAUGGAAGAAAAUGAGAAGCAUGAAGAAUUGAGUGAAGUUGAGAGAAAAAAUCAAUUCAGGACUGAAGAAAAACCUUUGAGUUGCUGUCAAACUCAGAAAGUUUUAAAGAAAAGAAGAGCCCAGAAAUCUUUCUCCUGUACUCAGUGUGGAAAGAGAUUGACAUGCAAACAUCAUCUUGAUCUUCACAUGAGGAUUCACACUGGAGAGAAACCUUACAAGUGUUCACACUGUGAGAAGAGAUUCAGACUGUCAGGACAUCUGAAAACACAUGAGAUGAGCCACAAUGGUAUUAAACCGUUUACUUGUGAUCAGUGCGGAAAGAGUUUCACAAUAAAAGGAAGCCUUACAUCACACAUGAGAGUUCAUACUGGAGAGAAACCAUUCACUUGUGAUCAGUGCGGGAAGAGUUUCUCACAAUCAGCAAGUCUUAAGUUACAUAUGAACAUCCACACUGGAGAGAAACCACACACAUGUGAUCAGUGCGGGAAAACAUUUUUGAGGGAUUCAAACCUGAAGCAGCACCUGAGAGUUCAUACAAAGGAGAAGCCACAUUCAUGUCAUUUGUGUGGAAAGAGUUUUUCAUUAAUACAAAGUUUGAAAGAACAUCAGAAAAUACAUACUGGUGUGAGAGAGUACAUGUGCUUUGAGUGUGAAAAGACUUUUAUUACUGCAAACGGUUUAAAAAAGCAUGAGAGGAUUCACACUGGAGAGAAACCUUACAAGUGUUCACACUGUGACAAGAGAUUCAGUCGGUCAGGAGACCUGAAAACACAUGAGAGGAUUCACACUGGAGAGAAACCUUACAAGUGUUCACACUGUGACAAGAGAUUCAGAGAUUUAGGAAACCUGAAAAAACAUGAGAGGAUUCACACUGGAGAGAAACCGCACACAUGUGAUCAGUGCGGGAAUAGUUUCACACAAAAAGGAAGCCUUACAUUACACAUGAACAUCCACACCAGAGAGAAACUGUACACAUGUGAUCAGUGCGGGAAGAGUUUCACACAAAAAGGAAGCCUUACAUAACACAUGAACAUCCACACUAGAGAGAAACUGUACACAUGUGAAUCAGUUAAUUAAUGUGGAAAGAGUUUUUCACACUCAUUCAACUUUAAGCAUCAUAUGAACAUUCACACAAGUGUGUGUGCAUUUAUUAUUUUUUUGGAGGGUUGGGUCUGAGGACCCUGCUGGACACCUUUAUUAGGGCCCGAGCACCGAGGUGCGAGGACCCUCUUGUAUCUGCUUUGUUUAUUAUUAUUCUUCUUCUUCUUCUUCUUCUUCUUCUUCUUCUCCCGAAUGAAUCGCAUUUUUGAGGGCUUU